AUGCAAGACAGUAAACACGAUAUACAUACAGGAGUAGACGAUAACGCUGUCGUUAUACAACAACGUAAAGGUUCUUCCGGUAUCAAAGGCAUCAUUGAAAAUCCCUAUGUCUUUGCAGUCGCCUUAUUUGCAUCACUUGGUGGCGUCUUGUUCGGUUACGAUCAAGGUGUCAUUUCUGGUGUACAAGAAAUGGAGACAUUUAUGGCCAGAUUUCCCAUGGAUUCGACCACAAACGGUUUGGUAGUGUCCAUUCUGGAACUUGGUGCCUGGGUUGGCGCUUGGAUUGUCGGUUACUUUGCGGACAAGAUUUCUCGAAAAUAUUCCAUCGUUUUGUUCAGCGUUGUUUUUCUUUUGGGCAGCUCUAUCCAAGGAGGUGCUCAAAACGUUGGCUAUAUGUUCGGCGGCCGGUUUGUCACUGGUAUGGCAGUCGGUGCCCUUAGUAUGCUUGUCCCACUUUACCAAUCCGAAAUCGCACCACCUGAAAUCCGUGGCUCGCUCGUAUCUUUGCAGCAACAAGCCGUGACAUUCGGUAUCCUCAUUUCUUUCUGGAUUGACUAUGGUACGCAAUUCAUUUCCAACGAAGCGCAAUGGCGCGUGCCCUUGUGCUUGCAAAUUGCUAUUGGUGUUAUCCUCGGUGUCGGCAUCCUGUUUUUCCCCUUCUCGCCUCGUUGGUUAGCCUCUGUCGGUCGCGACGAAGAGUCAUUGCGUGUGCUUGCCAAACUGCGCCGUGUUCCUGUUGACGACCCACUUGCGAUUGCCGAAUGGCGUGAAAUCAAGGCUACGGUCGAGUUUGAUCGCCGUGUGCAAGCUGAAAUGUAUCCUGAUCUUGUGCAACAAGGGACCCGUACUGCUGCUAUCAAGGUCAACUUGCUGGGCUAUGUUGAACUGUUUCGCAAGGGCAUGUUCAACCGUUUGUUCAUUGCUUGCGCCAUCAUGUUCUUCCAACAGUUCGUUGGUGUCAAUGCCUUGAUUUAUUAUGCUCCCAAAAUUUUCCAGUCCGUUGGCUUGACCGGCGAUACUGUCUCUCUUUUGGCUACUGGUGUCGUUGGUAUCAUCAACUUUGUCUUGACCGUUCCUACCGUUCUUUUCCUUGACAGCUUUGGACGUAAGCCCAUGUUGUUGGCCGCCUCGGCUUUCAUGACCUGUUGCAUGAUUAUCAUUGCUGUUAUCGUUGGCAUGUUCUCGGAUGAUUGGGAAAACCACACCAAGGAAGGCUGGGUUGCCGUCGUUUUCGUGUACAUCUUUAUCGCCAACUUUGCUUAUUCGUGGGGUCCAAUUGGCUGGGUCUAUGGAUCUGAAAUCUUUCCUCUUCGUGCUCGUGCCAAGGCCAUGUCUAUCAGUACUUCGGCAAACUGGAUGUGCAACUUCAUCAUUGGCUUGAUCACUCCACCUAUGCUUGACAGCAUUGGCUAUGGUACCUACGUGUUCUUUGGCUGCUUCUGCUUUAUCUCGUUCUUCUUUGUCUUGUUCUUGGUACCUGAAACUAAGGGCCGUACGCUUGAAGAAAUGGACGCCAUCUUUGGUGGCAAUUCCGCUGCACACGAUGCCGAACUAAUGGCUCAGGUUCAACAGGACGUUGCUGCUGAACCUAUCCCUGGUGUCAGCAAGGUUUAA